CAGUAUCCCUUGGGCCACUGAACCAUCCUUUCUUUCAUGUGUGCUCGCCUUGGUCAGCCCUGCUUCAUUUUAACUUUGGGCCUUUUUCCUACCUAAGAGGUGUCCUCCCUAGUUCUUCCCCUCCCUGCCUUCCUUUCAGACAUCCAGCNCUGCUGCCCACAGUGCAGCCUAUACUCAACAGCCAGGUCUCCACAAAACCGCGGACGUUGCUUCGCGAAACCCGCCAUCUUUAUCUGAAGAAGGGGUGACAGUACACACCUCCUGGGUCUAGGGGUUAAGUGGCAGGAAGUAGCGCGCAGACCCGGGGUUACAGCUAGGAGAAAUUAGGAGCAGGAUUUUAGGUUCAUUUCCCGGCAACACAAAAAUAAAUUCGAAGAAAGUGGUACCGAGCAAUAGAGGUCCUACGCUGUUGAAGACCGACUGGAAGGGCUGCUGUAUGUAGCCUGUGGCUUCUGACUUGGNCCGCUUGUCCGUGGCCCGCUACUGGUGCAGCUCAGAGGAGUUCACCUCGUGGCCUGGCCCCGCCCUCACCUUCUAUGACGUAGCAGCCGCGCCUCCUGCCGCCUUCGUGCUAGCAGCCCGAGACCCACGCUCUCCGAGGCUCGGCCCGUUAGAGGUCGCUUUGUUGUGAAAACGCGGGUGGANCUUCCCAGGCCAUGAUGAAUCUAGCUGCUGGCUUCCUUCUGAUGCUUCUGGAAGUGCUGCUCCUGCCUGAAACACCUCUUUCCGCUGAGGAAUCACCAGCUUCCANUCCAGGCAGCCCUCUCUCAUCCACUGAGUAUGAACGCUUCUUCGCCCUGCUGACCCCAACCUGGAAGGCAGAGACUACCUGCCGCCUCCGUGCCACCCAUGGCUGCCGGAACCCCACUCUCGUUCAGUUGGAUCAAUAUGAAAACCACGGAUUGGUACCAGAUGGUGCAGUCUGCUCCGAUCUCCCAUAUGCUUCCUGGUUUGAGUCCUUCUGCCAGUUUGCUCAGUAUCGUUGCUCCAACCAUGUCUACUAUGCUAAGGUGAAAAAGGUGGCCUGUUCCUUCACCGCUGCAUGGAUAAAUGGGCUUUCUCCAGGAGAUGGAAGUCUGAUCCCUCCUUUCUCUUCUCUCUCCUGGUCCCGCCUAAACCUUGCUGUAGCCACAGAACACCAGUCCUUCCAGCCUUGGCCUGAGCGGCUCAACAACAAUGUGGAGGAGCUGCUGCAGUCAUCCUUGUCCCUGGGAGGCAAGGACCAACAGAGCAGUCGGAGACCAGGCCAGGAGCAGCACAAGCAGGAGCAGAUCCAAGAACAUAAGAUAGAAGAAGCACAGGAGCAAGAAGAGCAGGAAGAAGAGGAAGAGGAGGAGGAAGCCAAGCAGGAAGAGGGGCAGGGGACAGAGGCNGGUCUGGAGUCAGUGUCCAGGCUGCAGUCAGACUCAGAGCCCAAGUUUCAAUCCCAGUCACUGUCUUCCAACCCGUCCUUCUUUACUCCCCGGGUCCGAGAGGUGGAGUCUGCUCCACUGAUGAUGAAGAAUAUCCAGGAGCUCAUUCGGUCUGCCCAGGAAAUGGAUGAAAUGAAUGAACUGUACGAUGACUCCUGGAGAAGUCAAAGCACUGGCAGCCUCCAGCAGCUGCCCCACACGGAGACCCUGAUGGUGCUAUGCUAUUCCAUUAUGGAGAAUGCCUGCACCAUGACUCCCACAGCCAAGGCCUGGAGCUACAUGGAGGAGGAGAUCCUUGGCUUCGGGGAUUCGGUGUGUGACAAUCUCGGAAGGCGACACACAGCUGCCUGUCCCCUCUGUGCAUUCUGCUCCCUGAAGCUGGAGCAGUGCCACAGUGAAGCCAGCGUGCUGCGCCAGGAGUGUGACGCUUCCCACAAGAUACCCUUCAUCAGCCCCUUGCUCUCAGCCCAGAGCAUAUCCACGGGCAACCAGGCGAGGAUCCCAGAUAAAGGACGCUUUGCUGGGCUAGAAAUGUACGGAGGACUCAGCUCAGAGUUCUGGUGCAACCGGCUUGCUAUGAAGGGCUGUGAAGAUGACCGAGUCUCCAACUGGCUCAAGGCCGAGUUCCUUAGCUUCCAGGAGGGGGAUUUCCCCACCAAGAUUUGUGACACAAACUAUAUCCAGUACCCAAACUACUGUUCCUUCAAAAGCCAGCAGUGCCUGUUGAGAAACCAGAACAGAAAGAUGUCCCGCAUGAGGUGUAUGCUGAAUGAGAAGUACAACGUGCUAAGCCUGGCUAAGAGUGAGGAGGUGAUCCUUCGAUGGAGCCAAGAGUUUAGCACUUUGGCUAUAGGCCAGUUUGGAUGAGCUGAGGUCUGUGUCCUCCCACCCCAGCUCUACCUUGCUCCAUCGCUCUCAGACUACAUCUGUCAGUUGGCUUCCAGGUGCCCCUCACGGGGCCUCCUACCUGGCCCCUACUUGCAUUUUCUUUGGGUUGUGAGAACAGUUCCAGAGAGGUGCAUGAUGGGAGCUCCGAGUGCCUUGAAGAAUACCUUCAAAUAAAACGUUUAUCUGC